UUGAUCCCUCACUUGAAGUCCAGUUUUGUGAUUCUCUUUCACACUCGGUUUCUUUGCUGCUGGGCAAAUCUGCGACCGUGUCAACCAUGGCGUUUCCCUACAUGGAAGCUGUAGUCGGCUUUAUGAUAUUAAUGUACAUUUUUGAAACUUACUUGGAUGUGAGACAACAUGCGGCCCUCAAACUUCCUACCCUUCCAAAGUCUUUAGAAGGAGUUAUCAGCCAAGAGAAAUUUGAGAAAUCUAGAGCUUACAGUCUUGAUAAAAGCCACUUCCAUUUCGUUCAUGAAUUUGUGACGAUAUUGACAGACUCUACAAUUUUGUACUUUGGGGUACUGCCCUGGUUUUGGAAGAAAUCAGGAGAUUUCGUGACAGUAGUUGGUCUCAACGCAGAAAAUGAAAUACUGCAUACAUUUGGCUUUUUAGCCGGUGUGAUGAUCUGGUCACAGAUAACUGAUUUGCCUUUCUCUCUGUACUCAACCUUUGUGAUUGAAGCCCGUCAUGGCUUUAAUAAGCAAACACCAUGGCUAUUCUUUAGGGACAUGAUAAAGGGAAUUUUCCUUUCUGUAGUUAUUGGUCCACCUAUUGUGGCUGCUCUCAUUGUAAUAAUACAGAAUGGAGGUCCAUACUUAGCCAUCUAUCUUUGGGCGUUUAUGUUUGCUCUUUCUAUUGUGAUGCUGACUAUUUAUCCUGUUCUAAUAGCUCCACUCUUCAAUAAGUUCACUCCACUUCCAGAUGGUCAACUAAAGGAGAAAAUUGAGAAACUUGCUUCCUCCCUUGAGUUUCCGCUAAAGAAGCUGUUUGUUGUUGAUGGAUCCACAAGAUCAAGUCACAGCAAUGCCUAUAUGUAUGGAUUUUUCAAGAACAAGAGGAUUGUGCUCUAUGACACAUUAAUUCAACAGUGCAAAAAAGAUGAAGAAAUUGUUGCGGUUAUUGCCCAUGAGCUGGGACACUGGAAACUCAAUCAUACUGUGUACACGUUUGUUGCAAUGCAGAUUCUCACACUUCUGCAAUUUGGAGGAUUUACACUGGUGCGGAAUUCAACUGAUCUCUUUCAAAGUUUUGGGUUUGAUACACAGCCAGUCCUCAUUGGACUCAUCCUAUUUCAGCAUACUGUAAUCCCAUUGCAGCAACUGGUCAGCUUUGGUCUGAACCUUGUGAGCAGAUCAUUUGAAUUUCAGGCUGAUGCCUUUGCUAAGAAUCUUGGAUACGCAGCUGAAUUGCGGUUAGGUCUUGUGAGACUACAGGAGGAGAAUCUGUCAGCUAUGAAUACAGAUCCUUGGUACUCUGCUUACCACUAUUCCCAUCCUCCCCUUGUUGAAAGACUGGAAGCAAUUGACAAAUCAGAUAAAAAAGCAGAUUAGGCCAAGCAACCUCUAUAGAUGAAGAGCAGCAAAAUAUCAUUGUUAGUGUAACUUGCCAUGAUUGAAUGCUGUCAUAACUCAAAGGGUGACUUGUUUUGUUUGUAUCUGGGGCAUGAUGGGAUAAACAAAUACAGUCUGUCCUCCUGACUCUGGUAGUUUGUUGGAACGAGUUCUGUACUGUAUAUGUUUAUCCAUCAAAUUUUCUUUAGGAUUUUGAUACAUUCACUUUAGCUUUCAUCUUGUUUUCACACACUUUCUCUCCUGUCUCAUUUACAUACACUUUCUCUUCCUAUCACAUCAAUCAUCAUCUCUCAUUUCUCAA